AUCUUGUGGAAAUAGUAAACAGGAUUAUAGAAUUAUGUCACCAGUUUCCUCAUGGAAUCACAGACCAUGUAAUCCAGAAUGAAAUGCCUCAUAUAGAAGCCCAGCAGCGGGCAGUGGCCAUUAAAAGGCUAUUGUCCAUGGGUCAGUUGGACCUCUUAAGAAGCAGUACAGGCUUUUUAUAUAGAGUAAAGGACUCUCAGAAUGCUGGUAAAAUGAAAGGAUCAGAUAACCAAGAAAAACUAGUGUAUCAAAUCCUAGAAGAUGCAGGAAAUAAAGGAAUAUGGAGCAGAGAUAUCCGAUACAAAAGUAACUUGCCAUUAACAGAAAUCAAUAAAAUUCUGAAGAACUUGGAAAGUAAAAAGCUCAUUAAAGCUGUUAAGUCUGUAGCAGCCUCCAAAAAGAAGGUGUAUAUGCUCUACAACAUGCAGCCAGACCGCUCUGUGACUGGAGGGGCUUGGUACAGUGACCAAGAUUUUGAAUCUGAGUUUGUGGAGGUGCUUAACCAACAGUGUUUUAAAUUCCUACAAACCAAGGCAGAAACAGCACAAGAAAGCAAACAGAAUCCAGUAAUACAAAGAAAUAGUUCAUUUGCUUCAUCACAUGAAGUGUGGAAAUAUAUCUGCGAACUAGGGAUCAGUAAUGUAGAGUUGUCCAUGGAGGAUAUUGAAACCAUUCUAAAUACACUCAUUUAUGAUGGGAAAGUGGAUAUGACUAUCAUCACUGCAAAAGAAGGCACAGUUGGCAGUGUAGAUGGACAUAUGAAGCUAUUCAUAGCAGUCAAUCCAAUCAUCCCACCCAUGGGUUUGGUCCGUCCACCCUGUGGUCUCUGCCCAGUGUUUGAUGACUGCCAUGAAGGUGGUGAGAUUUCACCAUCUAACUGUAUUUACAUGACAGAAUGGCUUGAAUAUUAAUAGACCUAUGAACUUUACUGACAUUUUGCAAAUGAAGUUACUUUGGAAGCAGAUACUUUAAUCAUGAUGGGACAUCAAAUCUUCUUGAAAGCAAACUUUAUAGUAAUGGACAUAGAUUUGCUGCUAUGAAAACUUUUUUUAUUUAUAAAGAUUAAAUUUAUAUUAAUAAAGUAGCCAACAGAAUAUGAAA